UCAUUAGACAAGAAUAACGAAAAAGUAAACAUCUUAUUUAGAUACAAAUCUCAAUAGUGGAAGGAAUCAGUAUGUUGAAAUGGUUAGUCUUAGGGGUGUGUGUUAGUGUAGUAUUAGGCCAUGGCCGACUUGAAGACCCUCCAGGACGGUCCACCAUGUGGCGUUUCGGAUUCAAAACCGCAACAAAUGUGAAUGACAAUGAAUUGUUUUGUGGCGGAAUCACAAGACAUUGGACAAAAAAUAAGGGUAAUUGUGGCAUAUGCGGUGAUCCUUGGGAUUUACCCGAACCUAGACCCAAUGAAGACGGCGGGAUCUACGGAAAGGGAAUUGUUGUCAAGACUUAUAAAUCUGGCGAGGUGAUCACCAUUACGACCAUCAUUCACGCCAACCACUUGGGUUACUUUGAAUUUAAACUCUGCCCAGUGCAGGAUGGAGUUAAGAUUGACCAAGAUUGUUUGGAUAAGUAUCCCCUACAACUAGCCGAUGGAAGUGGUACCAAAUACGAAUUGGGAAGACAAAAAGGAGCUGUAAAGGUCGAUGUUAAACUUCCAGAUGGACUGAAAUGUGAUAGAUGUGUUUUGCAAUGGCACUGGAAAUGCGCCAACCAUUGGGGUAAAUGCCCAGGCACCAAUAAAGGUCGGAUGGGAUGUGGACCACAAGAGUUUUUCAGAGGUUGUGCUGAUAUUCAAAUUGUGUAAAAUGUAUUUAAAUUUUU